AUGGAAGAAGUUGGACAGGACCCAUCAGAUGAUGUGUAUGACGUGGUGGAAAUACCAAAAUUAGAAGUCACAAAACAGAACUACCUUGACUACCUGAACUCAUACCUUGAAAAGGACCUGCAGAAACUGGGAGAGGCAAAUCAGGUUCUUCUGAGAAAAAUUCAGGAGAAAGAAGAAGCUGUUGAAAGCCUGGAAAGAGAGCUCGCCCUGUCACCAGGACCAGCCAAGGAGAAGAAGGAGCUGAACGACAGCCCAUCUGAGGAAGAGGACGCCCUGAGGGAUGUGGAAUUAGAGACAGCAAAGCUGGAAAAAUAUAAUCAGAUUCUGAGCAAGAAUGAGCUGGAGCUUCAGAAGCAGAUUUCAAGGAAAUUUAAGAAUGUUGGCCUUGAUAAAGAAACCCUAAGGCAGAUGCUGACGGACUCAAAGGUGAGACCACAAAAGGCAAAGCAAGAAAAGGAACUGCUCAAGACAGAAAGCGACUACCAAUCUGUGCGUUAGCUCUGUGAGGACGAGACCCACUACAUAAAGAAAUACCGGGAACUUCUGAGACAGACGGAAAAGGAAAAGGGGAUGUGUUUCUUGAAAAAGCAAAUAUCCAAAGCCCAGAACAACUCCUCCCAAAUGGUGAGAACUGGGUUAACUUUUGUGGAGACCAUCCAAAGCAACAUGGAAAAGACCAUCAUUAAGAGACAGAGGAGGAUCUUCUGGUGCAGGCAUUUUCAGUGUCUUGUCUUCAUGAUCGUGAUCUUCAAGCUGCUGGGUUAUGUGCUUUUCCACCUACAGUACAUAAACUGAGACCUUCUUGUGGACACCCUGCCCAUGGUAAUGAGCAGGGGCACGUUGAAGAGGCUGAGGGACUUCCUUUGCCCCUUCCUCACUCUGGAGGUGGAGGAAAGUUCUUCUGCACUAGUCUGUGGAGGCCUGGGGUCCACAUACACGGAGGAGCGGAGGGGAGCGGUGAAGCGGCCCAGAGCGUGCGCCCGGGAGGCGGCCGGGAGCCGGCCAGCUGUCUCUAAGCCACACACGGUACCGGCGACCGGCCGUGCCGAGCAGGUCCACGUCAGACCUAGCCUAGCGACCACCGCCUCAGACCCCGCAGCCAAGCCCUCCCUGCGCCCGGUCCGGGCGCCGCUGCACGUGUCGAUUGGCCGAUGGCUGUGCCAAUCAAUUCACUUCUCACCUCCCCCAAACAGCCGGUCCGGCCGGCGCGUGCUAGGGAGGCGGGGCUCGAGGCUGGGGGCGUGGGGGGGGCGUGGCUUCGGCGGAGGACGGCGCAGCGGCCGCUUCCUGGGCUCUCGGCUAGAGCGGCGCGUCCUCGCUGCAGCCGGCGCGGUGCUGCACCUGGUCAGCAUCACCACGACCACCGCCACCACCAUCAGCGGCAUCUGA